ACUCGCACCUGUCUCUUUGGGAAUAUAAAGGCUGCUUGGCUUCACAGCACUUUCACAGGCUACACAAAGAAAGGAAGAGUUGGGACGCAGACAUCUAUAUCGACAUCUCAGCACUAGGUAAAAAAAGUACCCCUAAACGGCAUCAUGUCGAUGGGAAUGGAGAUUGGGGGCAUUGCCCUGGGCAUUAUCGGUUGGAUCAUUAGCAUUGUCACUUGCGUUCUUCCAAUGUGGCGUGUUUCGGCUUUCGUUGGCGCAAACAUCGUCACGGCACAAAUCAUCUGGGAAGGUUUAUGGAUGAAUUGUGUCGUACAGAGCACUGGACAGAUGCAGUGCAAGGUCUACGACUCCAUGCUGGCUCUGUCUCAGGACCUUCAGGCUUCCAGAGCCAUGUCGGUCGUCGCCAUCAUCUUGGCCAUCCUGGGCGUGUUGAUCUCCAUCAUGGGCGCCAAGUGCACCAACUGUAUCGAGGAUGAAGCAUCCAAGGCUAAAGUGAUGAUCGUCUCUGGUGUGAUGUUCAUUAUUGCCGGCAUCCUGGAGCUCAUUCCGGCGGCUUGGGUGGCACACCAAACCAUUCGGGACUUCUACAACCCGUUACUGACCACCGCUCAGCAAAGAGAGCUUGGGGCAUCCAUCUACAUAGGGUUUGCCGCCGCUGCUCUGUUACUGAUUGGAGGAGCGAUGCUGUGCUGCACCUGUCCUCCACGGGAGAAGAAGUACAAGCCACCAAGAAUGGGCUACUCCGCUCCACGCUCCGUCAGUGGUGGAUAUGACAGGAAGGACUAUGUUUAAAAAUGUUUUAUUUUAGAAAAAUACAAACAAAGAAUAAUUAGAAGGAUUUGAAGAUCUCACAGAAAGGGUGGAGAUACUUCUGAAAGGACUCCGCAAUGAAGGGUCAUACGAUGCUGUCAAUAUUUGCUUUUCGGCUGUUUAAGACUGGUGUGUGUGUGUGUGCGUGCACGCGUUAAGGGCAGGUUUCAUAGGCUUACCUGUCAAGGAUUUUGUGUUUAUACAUUUCAUAUACAUUUAUAAUAUUUUAUAUUCUGUUGUUUACAUUUUCCUGUUUUUUGUUCAGCUGUUCUUGCUUUUUGUGUCAUGUGAUACCCAAAGGUCAUCAAAGGCAUAACAUGGUGUCAAAAUCUAUAUUUAAAAUUGUUCUAAGCAGACAUAAAUAGGCAAAGAUAUAUGAUGUGACAGAGACAGAGAUAUUAUUUUAGGAAAACAGUCGCUGUGUCAGUCUGAUGGCUUAUCAGUCACUUUUGUAUGUUGACAGGAAGAGGAAGACUUUAGCUCUUUACAUGUAUUUGCUUAUGAAAAUUUCACUGGACACAGAAACUGAACCUGUAUUUUGUUUUUCCUUUUAGGUUUCAGUUUUUGAGGU